CACACACCUCUACUUUGACAGCUCUACAGGAACGGGCUGCUCUCAACGGAAGUGAUGUCAUGUGCGUCACAGGAAGUCUUAAAGCAAGCCGGAAGCUUUUGCACGUGCCAUGAUUAAGAGGUGUGCCGUCCUGUUUGGGAGGGCUGUAUCAGCCCAUUGUCUUGAUGUUCCACUGUACACUUCCCAUCAUGUACGAUAUCUGGCUGCUAAACCGGAUAGAGUACAUGGCAAAGGUAAGAAGUUUAUCCUGAAGCCAGUGAAAUUAGAGAAACUGGAGAAGCAAGAAGUGGAGAUCAAACAGUCUAUGACUGUGGCGCAACUUGCCGAGGCUAUGAACAAAGACAUUGAUCAUGUAUACGAGGCUCUACUAAACACAGCUAUAGAUAUCUAUGAGCUGGAAGAAGACACUGUAUUAGAGGAGAAGUGGCUAAAAGAGGCUAUAAAGAGGUCUGGGAUGAAGUAUAAAUGGGCCAAGAUAGAGGCAAAUGAAGUGAGAGAAAACAAAGACAUUCAGAGACAACCACCACCAGAUCCUGCUCAUUUAGUGGCUAGACCUCCAGUAGUAACUAUUAUGGGGCAUGUGGAUCAUGGGAAGACCACACUGCUAGACAGCCUAAGGAAGAGCCAGAUUGCUGUACAAGAGGCUGGAGGAAUCACUCAACACACUGGAGCGUUUCUAGUCCAGCUUCCUUCUGGUGAACUGAUUACGUUUCUGGACACCCCUGGACAUGCAGCAUUUUCUGCUAUGAGAGCUCGUGGAGCCUCGGUUACUGACAUUAUUAUUCUGGUGGUUGCAGCUGAUGAUGGAGUAAUGAAGCAGACCAUUGAGUCCAUACAGCAUGCCAAGAAAGCCAAAGUGCCAAUCAUCUUAGCAGUAAAUAAAUGUGAUAAGCCUCAUGCAGAGCCCCAGAAAGUAAAACAGGCUUUGCUGGCCCAUGAUGUUGUAUGUGAAGAGUUUGGAGGAGAUGUCCAGGCUAUCCAUGUAUCUGCUUUAAAAGGGGAGAAUCUAAUGGAGCUGGCUGAAGCCACAGUUGCACUUGCUGAGAUGCUAGAACUAAAAGCCGACCCUAAAGGUUUUGUAGAAGGGACCGUCAUCGAAAGCCAUACAAGCAAGGGCAAAGGACCUGUAACCAUGACAAUAAUCAAACGGGGCACUCUAAAGAAGGGUUGCAUACUUGUGGCAGGCAAGACCUGGGCUAAAGUGCGCUUACUGUUUGAUGAGAACGGCUGUACUUUGACAACCGCUAGGCCUGGCAUUCCUGUGGAGAUUGUUGGCUGGAAGGAACUACCUUCCGCAGGUGAAGAAAUUCUGGAGGUGGAGUCUGAGCAGCGGGCUCGGGAGGUUGUGGAGUGGCGUGCAUACAUGGAAGAACAGAACAAACUAAAGGAGGAUCAGCAAGCCAUUGAGGCCAAACAGAAGCAACACCAAGAGGGCUAUCAGAAAGAGAGGGAGAGACUGGCGCAUCUCAACUGGAGGCAGAAGAAAGUCGCUCGCUACAAGGCCAACAAGCACCAAGUAGCCUACAGGCCUAGUGAGAAGACAGAGGCUGAGAAUGUCAGUCUGAAUCUCAUUGUCAAAGGGGAUGUUGAUGGUUCAGUGGAGGCCCUUUUAAACAUCCUUGAAAGUUAUGAUGCAGAGGAACAAUGUGCAUUAAAUAUAGUGCACUUUGGUGUUGGGGACAUCUCAGAAAAUGACAUUAACCUGGCAGAGACUUUCUCAGGAACAAUAUAUGGUUUCAACAUUGGAGCUAAUAAGUCAAUACAAGACAUUGCUACCAAAAAAGGUAUUCCCUUAAAGAUGCAUCGUGUCAUCUACCACCUGAUAGACGACCUGAAAGAAGAGCUUAGCAGUAAAUUGCACCCGACAACUGAGGAGAAUAUAAUAGGAGAAGCCUCUGUUCUGGCCACUUUUGAUGUGACUAUAGGGAAAAAGAAAGUCCCAGUGGCCGGCUGCCGAAUCCAGAAGGGUCAACUGGACAAGAAGUUGAAAUUUCGACUCAUUCGAGGAAAAGAGGUUGUUUGGGAAGGGGCUUUGACUGCACUAAAACAUCAUAAAGACGAUGUUCAAGUUGUUAAGACUGGCAUGGAGUGCGGUCUGUCUUUGGACAAGGUUAUUGACUUUAAAGUCGGAGAUGAAAUAAUCUGUUAUGAGGAGACGGAGAAACAGCAGAAAAUAUCUUGGGAUCCAGGGUUUUAACAGCUCACCUCAAUCAAUCUGUUACAUCACCAUCAUGUGGUGUUGAAAAUAUCUAUUUUGUCAGAGUAUUAUGUCCAAAUUUGGAUGUUUCUGGCAAUUUCUGUAAUUUAUUCCAUGUUUAAAAUAAAUGUGUAUAAAACCA